UAGCAGCAGCAGCUUCUGUCUCCUGCUUUUGCAGAAUCAUGGUGAACCGAGGCGUCCGCCUCUUCCCGGCCCCGGCCUCGGGACUCGUUCUGCUUUGUGUCCUCCUGGGAGCUGUGCGGUCUUAUGCCUUGGAACUGAACUUGAGAGAUUCAGAAAAUGCUACUUGCCUUUAUGCAAAAUGGCAGAUGAAUUUCCAAAUACAGUAUGAAACAACAAGCAAGAAUUAUAAAAAUGUAACCGUUUCAGACCGUGGCAUUGCAACAUAUAAAGGAAGCACUUGCGGUGAUGGCAAGAAUGGUCCCAGAAUAGCGGUUCAGUUUGACUCUGGCUUUUCCUGGACCGUGAAUUUUACGAAGGCGAUGACUACUUAUUCAAUCGAUAGCAUCUCAUUUUCCUACAACACUAGUAAUACCGCAGUGUUCCCUGAAGCGAAAGAUAAAGGAGUUAUCACUGUGUAUGACACCGUGAAAAUUGGAAUUCCAUUGAAUAACAUCUUUAGAUGCAGUAGUUUGUCAACUUUAGAAAGCAAUGAUGUUGUUCAUCAGUAUUGGGGCAUUCUUGUGCAAGCUUUUGUCCAAAAUGGCACCGUAAGCACGAAAGAGUUUCUGUGUGAGAAAGACAAAACUGCAACGACGGCCCCCAUCAUUCACACCACUGCACCUGCUCCUACUGCAACUCCCACUCCAAAGGGAAAGCCGGAGGUGGGAGCCUAUUAUGUUCGUGAGAAUGGGACUUGUCUUCUGGCCAACAUGGGGCUGCAGCUGAACAUAACUCAGGACAAGGCUGUUUCUGUUAUUAACAUCAACCCCAAUAUGACUGACUUCACUGGCAGCUGCCAUCCUCAAACUGCUCUACUUAGGUUGAAUAGCAGCAACAUCAACUAUCUUGACUUUGUCUUUGCUGUGAAAAACGAAAACCGAUUCUAUCUGAAGGAAGUGAAUGUCAGCCUGAUUUUGGGAAACGGCUCUGUUCUCAGUUUCACAAACAGCAAUCUGAGCUACUGGGAUGCCCCUCUGGGAAGUUCUUAUAUGUGCAACAAAGAGCAGACUGUUGCAGUGUCAGGCGCCUUUCAGAUAAAUACCUUUGAUCUCAGGGUUCAGCCAUUCAACGUGAUGGAAGGAAAAUACUCCACAGCUCAAGACUGCAGUGCAGAUGACGACAACUUCCUUGUGCCCAUAGCGGUGGGAGCAGCCUUGGCAGGAGUACUUAUUCUAGUGUUGCUGGCUUAUUUUAUUGGUCUCAAGCGUCAUCACGCUGGAUAUGAGCAAUUUUAAAACCUGUGAUCUAAUUGAUUAUGUAAACACACACACAUAACAAGGUUUACUUGCCUCUCUGUUUUGAAAGAAACACUUGGUUCGUUAAAGCUGAUGUGUUGUCGUUUUGGAAUCAGUCUCAGCAUUUGGCAGGAAUCCCUUUUAAAAACUAAACUGCUCUCUCUCUGAUCAGCUUCAAAUGACACGUGUUGAGUUUGCUGGUCCCAGAGACCAAUUUGUUCAUUAAAAAAAACAUUGGUGUGCAAUGUUUUAAGCUCUUCACUGGAAAUGCUUUUGGUCCAAUUUUGAUCCUAACCUAAGAUGCCGUACACAUAUUAUUGAUAUGGCCAUUAUAAGAAUACAGCAUGUAGUUGCCUCUUACUGGAAUGAAUAAAUAUUUUCCUGCCAGAGUUCUGUUUCAGUAUAUACGAAUUAACUUUGUUUAGUACUCAUUAUUGUGCAUUUGCAUAUAGCUUUUUAAAGAAAGACGGCUGUAGCAUAAAUCUACAACUCUCCUCUGGUUGAAGUAUGCCCUCAGGAACAGCAGCAGCACUUUAUAGAUUUUGUGACUUUUGAUGGUUUCUUUGGGUUCAAGGGAAGGAUGAGUCAAUAUUAUUUGAGGCUUGUGAUUUAGCCCUAGGUAAAAUGAGCCAAACAAACCAACAAAAACCCCAAGAGGCUACAAAAGAACUCUUAAACUGGCUUCAUACGUAAAAUUGGGAAUAUUUUAUUUUUCAGCAGUAUGAACGGAUACAAUUCAAGUGUAUUUAACCACUUGACAUUUUUUGCCUUUUUUUUCUCCCUCUCUCUUGCUUGAAUACCUGAUUAACACUGAAAGACAGAAAUAUAUGAACUAAUUAGGACAGAUUGUGUUGUGUUUCUCUACCUCAUCUUGUGGAUCUCUGGAGAAUUGAAAUCUAUUUAGUGUUGUCAUCAGACUGCUACUUAUGAAAUGUAAGCUAACAGUAAUCUCAUAAGGGAGGCAGUGAAGCAUAACAACCAGGCCCUUGCUUCUUCACUACAGCCCUCGUGGGACUGAGCAUAGAUGGGGCUGUAGAGAGCCGGCUGACAUUAAAAUGAGCUAGAUAGUUAGCCCCAAUUGGAAUAUACUUCAUCUUAUAAGUGUAGCGCAAGUAUUGACUGUAUGAAGGAUGGGCUUACACAAUAGACUUGAGAAGACUGUCACACUGAAGUGAUUUUGGUAUGAAUUCCUUUUAUGUCUACAUUGGCUUGUUCAUCGUUUCUGUAACUUACCGAUUAACAAACAGUACAGUGUCUUGGUACCUUGCUAUCAGUCUCUAUCUGAGGGAUCUUGCAAUGAAAUAUGAGGAGUAAAUCCCUUCAACAAAGGUUGCCAUGGUCACUCAAAAUCAUAAUAUAUAUCCAAAACCUUAGCAACUUAAAAAAGUAUGCAAGAGGAGGAAGACAAAUGAAAAAUAGAGGGGAACUGUACCUAAGUGCUCCAUCAUAAAUCAUGUCACAUCAUUAUCACAUGUUAAUUGCCAUAGACACAGCAUGGAUAAAGCCUUUGAAAUCCCUUGCUCUAACCCCAUCAUUUGACAGAAAGCAGUGUGGCGUCACUGAGGUUACUCAUCUGGUUGAUGGCAGGACCAUCAUUUAGCAUCAGGGUCAAAAUUGCUCCCCUGUGAAAUCCAGCCACUUAAUCAUAAAACAACUGCUGGUUUAAACUUGAACUCGUGAGACCAGAAUAAGGUGCUGCAUGAACUACUUGCAAUAAAUAAUACAUGACAUGGA